AUGAUCCAGGAGAGAGUGAUAGAACCGUUAACAAAAGAUAAGAUCGACUCCAAAUCAAGUGACGAUGACGAUGAAGAUACAAAUUUCAACAAGUUCUAUUCUGUACCAGGUACUUCAUCCGGCUCUGGUAUAUCUGGAUCUGGCUCCCAAAACCAAAGAAAGGAAAUAGACGAUUAUCUUAGUCAGCCUAGGGCAGUAAGCAACGAAGAUAUUUUAGAAUGGUGGAAACGUCAUGAGUUCCAAUUUCCUCUCUUAGCGAAAAUGGCACGUGAUUUUCUGUCCAUUCCAGCAAAUUCGAUUCCUACCGAAGUACAUUUUUUUCAAAAGCAACAUCGUAAUAGACUAAACAAUGAAUCUGCCCGUUGGCUUCUUUGCAUUGAUUCUUGGCAAUAA